AUGACACCCAUCACCAGAUCUUCUGCCCGCCAGAGGACCAAACAAAAGGAUCUAUCGCUCCCCACAAGCCGAAGUAUCCGAAAUCCACGGGCGGAAAAGAAUGCCCCCGCAAACAGAUUUCUUGUUCAAUCUGCCGCGCCUGAGCCCGCCAUAACGAAUACCGCGCAAGAAUUCCACCAGGGGCCCGUCAUUGAAUGGAUAUUAAUCAAAAUCCUCGAGGAUAGCAAUCCCGAAGCGAAGGAAAGACGCAAGGUGGCACAGCGUGCCCUCCUCAAAGAAAUUCGACGACAAGAGGGCUGUGAAUUCGUUGCAACGGGCAAGCCACUUAAGAGCGAGUCUGAAUGGGUUAUCAUUCAGUGGCGCAGUAGAACUGACCGCGACGAACUGAUCGCAUCUACGAAGCCUGGACGGGCGCUCAAGGAGCUCCUUGAGCAGAGGGCGGUGUCGACGAAUUUGAUUUCAAGAUCUCAAGGACCACCUCUCAAUCGAUCCCAAUUCUUUGACCCUCCACGCUAUUACGAGAUAAUGACCGCGGCCGCUUUGGUUGCCCCGGGAGUCGGGAGGGAAUGA